AUGGACGAGCACACUGGCUCGUGCCACGGCCGGGCAAAGUGGCACAAGCUCUAUGUGGACGAUCAGGGCGUGAUCGUCCGCCCUUCGUGCCCGUGUGAAGGCUCCCCAUCCGAGCUGGCGCAGCCGGUAGAGCUGCGGAAGCCAUUGCAGGAGAAAUGGAGGACACAACUCCUGGAUGGAUGCAGGCUCCGAGAUGGUCAGCUGCACGGCGUCGGCGACCUCUUCCACGCGUAUUGGCGCUUGUCCAGCGCUGGACGGGAAGUUCCUCCAACAGCAGAGGUCGAAGCGGCUGGGAGUCAGAGCUCAGAGCAACUGCAGAAGGCUUUGGCUGAUACGGUGGCCGCACUGAGCGCAGAGCGGGCUCAGGUGAAGGCCUUGCAGUGCGAGUUGGCGGCAGCUCGCUUCAUGCUCCAGGAGUGUCAAGAAGACCUUGCAGACAAAGAGAAGGAACUGGCGGAAGUUCGACAGAAGGUUUUUCAGCUGGAGGGGAGGGCGCCGUCCGGCUGA